AUGAGUGAAUAAAUUUUAGAGUAAGUAUUAGAACAAAGAUUAGGAUUUGGAAAGCAUUAUUGGAGAUAAUUCUUUAUCAUAAGUUUCAUUGACUUCCUUGAUGGUGCUGAGUUUCUAUAUUUAGCUUUAUUAACUCCGGCAUUAAAAUAGGAAUGGAAUUUGUCAAUAUUAGAACUUUCAAUUUUUGGAUCAUCAUUUACUUUUGGGUUAACAAUAGGUUCAAUAAUUUGUGGAUUCUUAGCAGAUAAAAUGGGAAGGAAGAGUAUUUUAAUAAUAGCAACAGUUUUUCAAGUAUUUUAUUUUUAUUAUAAAGGCUGCAGUCGUUUUUCUUACAGUAUUUUGUUAAAACAUAAUUUAAAUGAGCCUGCUUAGACUUAUAUAUGGGACUGUAAUUGGUAUGAAUCUUGCGAUUAGUUCAAUAUUAAUGAUUGAAGUUACUCCAAAGCUUCAUAGAGGAAAAAUUAUAGUGGCUCUUUAAGUACUAAUAUUGUUGGGAAGAUGUUGGAUAAUGAUAUUAGGAUAUAUUUUUAUGGAAAGUAUUUCUAUUGGUAACUGGAGAGCCAUCUCUUUAUGUAAUUGUAUACCAUGUUUGCUUUGUCUAAUUGGAACAAUUUUUUGGAUUUAAGAAUCUCCAAGAUUUUUGAUUUUAAAUGAAGAAAUUCAAAAAGGAAUAGAUAAUCUAAAUUAUAUUGGAUAAUUUAAUAAUUCAGAAUAUUAGAUGUUAACUGAUGAUGAAAUUUAGAGUAUAAAAGAAUGGGCAUAAAUGUAAAAAUUGCAUCAUUAAUAAUAAUAAUAAUAAUAAAAUAAUUCUAUUAAAUAACUUUUUAAUUAAGAAAAUUUAACAAUUACAUGGAGGAACUAUUUGAUAAAUUUUUUGUUUAUGUUUGCAAUGAUGGCUAUCUUUAAUAUUUUACCAUUUAUUUUGGAUGAUGAAAACAAAUCAUUGUUACAUUUAUAUAUUGUAGAUAUAGGUGAAAUCCCAGCUUUAUUUGUUAUGUUAUAUAGUAUAGAUAAAUUUGGUAGAUUACCUACUUUAUUAUUUUCUACAACUGUGCUCAUUUUAAUCCUUUUUUCUAUUUGGUAUUGGAAAUUGUAUGUAAUCAUUAUUGGACUCACCAUCUUUAAAUUUUGCUGCAAGAUAAAUUGUGGAACAUUAAGUGUUUUAUUUGCUGAAUCCUAUCAUACAUUAUAUAGAUCCUUAGGACUUGGAACAACAAAUGCAAUGGGAGGAUUAGCAGGAUCUCUGGCACCAUUUUUGAUCUUUCCAAUCUAUUUCUAUAAUUAUUAUUUGCCAUUUUUAAUUUGUAGUGUGAUUAGUUUAAUCACACUAGUAUUAUUAAUGUUUUAUCCUAUUGACUUAACCAAAAAGGCAUUAGAUUAGCUAAAACAAAAAUGA